UACAUAAAUAAACUAGAGGAAGAACUACUUCUUCUUCUUCUUAAACCCUGCUUCUUAAAUCCAAAGCUUAGAAAGGAUGCGAAGACCGAAAUCGAGAGCUGUCCGAAAACAACAGAAGAACAAUGAGCUUCAAGAAAUAGAGAUUCUGAGCGAAUGGAUAGAAUCCCAGAAACCCGAAUCCGGUUCCAAUCCUUUGUCACUAGACCCGCUCAAAUCCAAGUCGCCAAUCGGCCGAAUUGUCGACCCUGAAAGUGGCGCCGUUUUAUUCUCGAGGUACGCGGGAGCGAGAAAAUUUUGUGAGCUGCCGUUAUCAAAGAGGACGAAGAAUGGGUUGGAGGGAGGUGGGUUUAAGAAGAUGACGGAUAUACAGGUGGCGUCUUUGCCUCACGCGCUUUGUGGAAGAGAUAUUCUCGGCGCCGCUAAAACUGGGUCCGGAAAGACUCUUGCUUUUGUUAUUCCGGUCCUGGAGAAGCUGCAUAGAGAGAGAUGGGGUCCUGAGGAUGGAGUAGGCAGCAUCAUAAUAUCUCCCACAAGGGAACUAGCUGGUCAGCUUUUUGAUGUAUUAAAAACUGUUGGGAAGCAUCAUAAUUUUAGUGCUGGCCUUCUAAUUGGUGGUCGAAAGGAAGUUGACAGUGAGAAAGAGCGGGUGAAUGAGCUGAAUAUUCUAGUUUGUACUCCCGGACGUCUUCUUCAGCAUAUGGAUGAGACUCCAAAUUUUGAUUGUUCUCAGCUUCAGGUUUUGGUCCUUGAUGAGGCUGAUCGUAUUCUCGACAUUGGUUUUAAGAAGACCUUAAAUGCAAUUGUAUCGCAGUUACCAAAGCGUAGACAAACAUUGCUUUUCUCAGCAACGCAAACAAAGUCUGUUCAGGAUCUUGCUAGGCUUAGCUUGAAAGAUCCAGAGUAUAUCAGUGUGCACGAGAAAGCUGUGACAGCCACUCCUAGUCGCUUGCAGCAAACUGCUAUGAUUGUUCCUCUUGAACAAAAGUUGGACAUGUUGUGGAGUUUCAUAAAGGCACAUCUUAGAUCAAAGAUCCUUGUGUUUCUUUCAAGCUGCAAAGAGGUUAAAUUUGUCUUUGAAGCCUUCAAGAAACUGCGUCCUGGAAUACCCUUGAAAUGUCUCCAUGGAAGGAUGAACCAAGAGAAGAGGCUGGGUAUAUAUUCCCAGUUCUGCGAGUCUCAAUCAGUUCUCUUCUCAACCGAUGUGGCCUCCAGAGGCCUUGAUUUUAACAAGGCUGUUGACUGGGUUGUGCAGGUAGAUUGUCCCGAAGAUGUUGCAUCCUAUAUACACCGAGUUGGCCGCACUGCUCGUUAUCUUUCCGGAGGAAGGUCGGUUUUAUUUUUGACGCCUUCAGAAAUGAAGAUGCUUGAAAAGUUACAGGCAGCAAAAGUACCGAUACAGUUUAUUAAGGCAAAUACAAAGAGGUUACAACCAGUUUCUGGAUUAUUGUCGGCUCUACUAGUUAAAUAUCCAGACAUGCAGCAGCUGGCACAGAGGGCCUUUAUCACAUAUCUGCGUUCUAUUUAUAUUCAAAAAGAUAAAGAGGUUUUUGAUGUCACGAAAUUGCCUAUUGACGAAUAUUCAGCAUCACUUGGUUUGCCAAUGACCCCCAAAGUCAAGUUCUUGAAACAAAAAGAGAAAAGAGAAACCGAGUCAGAAAAAUCUUCUCUUAUUGAACCAAAAAUAUAUGAUGAAGAAAACGAGUCAGUUAUUCCAAAGGAAGAGCUACUUGUUGAAGAUGUCAAAGACAACAGAGGGGACAAAGAUUUUCUUUUGAAGGACGAUGCACCAGAUGUUGAAGGAAAUACUAGCGAACUUGGAGAUAUCGUGUCAGCAACACGGGUCUUGAAGAAAAAAAAGCUGAAGAUCAAUGUUCAUAGGCCUGUGGGGACAAGGGUUGUCUUUGAUGAGGAAGGCAACACACAGGCUCCACUUGCUAUGUUGGCUGACAAGACGAGUGGCGAUAUACUGCUUGACCAAGACAAAAAGAAUGAUUUCUACAAGAAAAUGAGGGAAGAGCUGAAGCAGGUGGACAAGGAAGACAAACUUCUAGAGCGGCAACGGCUUAGGGAGAAACGAAUCAAGAAGAAGAUGAAGUUGAAGAAAGGGCAAAGGGAGGAAGAGGAUGGUGAGGAGGAGGAGGAUGAUCUUUCAGGUUCAGAAGGAGAACCGGAUGCGAACCGAAAAUGGAAAAGAUCGAAAAUAUACUUCCAUAGUGAUAGCGAUGACGGUGAAAAGGAAGAAGAUAAGGCUGGUUCGGCAGGUAUCAAUGCCGAAUCCAUUUCUCUGGCAGAACAAGAAGAACUUGCUCUUAAGUUAUUAAACUCAAUGCACUCGUAAAUUUUACGAUACGAUUUUCCAGUUUUGGUCGGUGUUCUUUUCCGUUUACUGGUUGUAGUAUGUCAGUUUCUUAUUCAAUCAUAAAAUAUAGUCAAAUGUUUACCUGCACAA